CUGAUGUUUGUUUUGAUGUUUGUUGGUUGGCAUGUUGACGGCUGAGCUGUGAGGACUCUUGUUAUCUCGUGGUAAGAAUAAUGUCUAGAGGUGACUGGGAUAUUUGAGCUGAUGAGUGACGAAGAGGAGGCCACGUGUAGCGUGGGAGGCGAGGAGGAGGAGGCCGCCACGUGUAGUGUGGGAGGCGAGGAGGAGGAGCUGGAGGAGCCGGAGAGACCCUCAGCUUGGACCUCUGGCUGGGACGAUGAGAGCAACGAUGUGGAGGCUGACCCCGACCCCCACGCAACGCCUGAGCGUGAAAUCUUGUGGGCCUGUGAAAAUGGCAAGCAGAGUGUUGUUGAGGAAAUCUUAAAGGAGCAUCCAGAAGCUGUAGGUGCAACAGACAGUGAUGGGUACACUCCAUUGCAUCGGGCUGCGUACAGUGAUUUUCCAGACAUUGUUAAGCUACUUUUGAGUGCUGAUGCUUCAGUGACUGCAAAGACUGUGGGCUGGACUGCUCUUCACUCAGCUUGUCGUUGGAAUCACUAUGAUUGCGCUGUGAUUUUAAUCGAAGGUGGGAGUGACAUUAAUGCUGUUACUAACAGUGGACAAACACCUCUCCAUGUUGCUGCUGUUAAUCCUCAAGCGCACCAAACUCUUCUGUUGUUGAUGAAUCGCAUGGUGAAGCCACUCCUGACCAAUAGCAAUGGUGAGACAGCGAAGGAUCUGGCAAUGAGAAGUGGACCAUAUGGAUAUUUAUUCGAGGCUACUGAUCCUGUCUUAAAUGUCUGUGAAGAUCAAGAAUGAAAAAAAAAAUUCAGGU